CCCUUCCCGGCUCUGCGCCUGGUCCAGGCCUUCCCUGGCCAGCGUGACCUACUUUCCUGGCUGAGUGACACUGAGGGGAAAAUGGUCGGUGACGGGCAGCCCUGCUCUGCGUGCAGCCAGCGGGGAGGGUGACCAGUGCCCUCGCAGCCAGGUCGCUUGGGCAGCCGGAGACGUCAUCUGAGUGACUCAGUGUUUGUCCUCUGCACACUGCACUGACCAGCCUGACGGGAACACCGGCCACGUGAUGUGGGCCCCUGGGCGGCUGUGCUGUGGGGAUGCCAGGACCUGCUGCUGCGAUGCAGCUGACGUGCAGGGUGGACGCUCUUCUGUCCCAGAUCCCGUUUCCUGAGGCUUUGUGCUUUGGCAGAGGCCAGGAGGCACCUUGGCUGGGGGAGACCCCAGGACCAGGGUGACAUCUGAGACCCCGCCAGUGCCCCCGGGCAGGUCUGCGGAGCAAUGCUGGCCUGGCCUUGGCUGUGCUCUGCCAGAGGGGCCAGCGCUGUUCUACACUCGGAGAGCCAUGGGAGCUGGGUCUCGAGAGCGCCCUGAGUCUGUGCGCCCUACACUAGCCUGGCCCACCCCAUGGGCCCUGGUGGGCCAGGGAAAUGACACACCCAUCCUCAUGCUAAGCGAGGGGUCCUCGACCCUUCCCUGCACUCCAGGGAAGCAAUUGCGGCUCCUAGGAGGAACCACAUGUCUUGGAAAACACCACAGCAAAGGUGUGCGUGCUUCUGCAGUCCAAAAUAUCACAGAAUGACUGGAAAUAAUCCUGGUCUGAAAAAAAUCUCACUCUCGCCCCACUAGCCAAGAACUGUGAAGAAAGAAGACAGCAGAGGAAAGUCUAGGCCUCUCCUGUCCAGAUACUCAGGUACCUGUGGCUGCAUUCCACUUUCACUCUGAAAACACAAGCACCUUUGGGGUCCGUGUCCCUCAAGGCAGGAGCCAUGCCUUCAAAUCACCCUCUGCCUUCUGGACGCUCUUGUAUCAGUCAGCACAGGCCAGCUGUGCUGUGUAACAAGUAGCCUGAGAUGCAGAGUGGCUCCUUUCCAUUCAGGCCCCAUGCCGAGCAGGGUGGGCUGGUGCCCUCCUGGUCCUCACCCCAGGGCUAGUGCCCUCCUGGUCCUCACCCCAGGGCUAGCUGUCAGGCAGGGCUCUGAGACGCACUAGACACUGGGCACUGAGAGGUGACAACCUCUUGCAUUUCCUCGGCCAAAGCAGGUCUGCUGGCCAGGCCAGUGCAUAGGCAGUAGGGAGCCUGAAUCCCCAAGCAGGCUGGGGGGGCACAGCCAAGUUCCAGGAGUGGACAUGCCAUCAGCCUCUGGACCAGCAGGGACAUCUAAGCUCAGAGCAGCUGUGAGGGCCUCGCCCACCUGGGCCUGGCAUUGCUGGCAGUGAGGCCGCAGGACACCAGGGCGGGUCCCACCGCCUCGUUGCUACAGACCCUGCAGACCCUGCUUGGGCCUGGCUGCUGAGUGUGGCCGGUAGGGGGAGCAGAGCACCGCUCAAAUGGAAGGGAGCCUGCAGCAGUCCCUCCGCUGGGCUCCCUGGGGCCAAGGAUGAGACGGGAGGACCAUGCUCCAAGGCAGGCCAGGCGCUGCUGGUUCUGCCACCGCGGAAGCCACCUGGUGUCCUCUUCCCAGGGUCCUGGGAACCCUGCCCUGGAUUCAGCCCAGCUGGAGGGUGGCAGGGCCGGGGUGGCUGCUCAGGGGCACCUUCCUGCCUCAGCCUGGCCCAAGUCAGUGCAGCCCUGCGCCUCAAGCCCGCUCCUCCAGGCUCCCUCCAGGCAGCCAAGCUGCCUGCCUUGGACCCAGUGGCUGCUGGGGUGGGCACGGGGGUGGCCUUAGGGUAGCGCGAGUCCCACAGGUGUCCUGGAGCCCUUGGCCAGCCGGAUGCUGUCUGCGUCGGGAGGGCGGGCAGGGCCACGGCAGGGCCACCACAGCUCCCCAGGGCGUUAGAAAUGGCGCUGCAGAGCCAGCACCUCACCCCGUCUCACCAGCAGAGCUGACAGCGCAGACUAAAAAUAACGGGCGUUUCUCCCGCAAGCAGCGGCUGUGCAACACACUGAGCCCUGCCGCCCACCCUCAUCACAGGGUGCUGAGCCACACCAGACCCAGUGUGUGGUCACUGUUAGCCCAGGCCUGCGACCCUCUCCAUGCACAUGGGAGCCCUGUCCAGCAAGGGGUGGCCCAGAGGUGGCCUGGGCCAGCUGAUGCCACAACCCAUCACAGUCCCUGCCCUGCCACAGUCCCUCGGGGACACGAUGGGCACGUGCUGCGCCCGAUGCUGUGUCCCCCACCCCUGCUUUGCUCCACGGCGUCCCGGGGAGUCCUGAGAACCCUCGUGCCCUCUGUGGGCUGCUGCCCUCCCAGGGGUCUGCAGUGCGUCCUCCCAGGGAGGCGGGUGUCAGAGGCCAGGGGGCUGCAGAGUGCGACGCAGGCCGGACUGUGGCCUCCGGGCAGAUGGUGCAGCCUCACCACAGGGGCCCCGUGCCAGCCCACACUGCUGGCCUUGGUGGCCAGGACCUCCAGCCAGGGCUGUGCCUUGCCCAUGGAGCUGCAGUCUGGGGCUGCCUGCUCCUGGGGUCUGGGCCCAGCAGGCUGGGGGCUGGUCACAGGUAGCAGCAGGGGCAGCCCCUCUCCUCAGCAGAGCUGCGCCCCUUGUACUACUGCCCAGGCAAGGGUCCUCCCUGUCUCCAGGGUGCCCCUCGGCUUCGAGUCCUUCUCCCUUCCCGAGAUAGUACUCCCACCUGCCACUUCCAGAAAGUGCAUGUUAGGGCUUAAAACCGAAUGUCCCCCAAAGCCUCAUGUGCCAGAAGUGGGGCUCUGGGGAGAGGCUAAAUCGUGGGUGCGAGAGGCUGGAUGAGUCCACGAUAGGCUUGGCACAGGUCUGGGUGUGGCUGGUGGACUUACUGAAGAGCGGAGCCCCACCCUGGAUGUGGGUGCACCAACCAAUAGGCUUGCAGCCUGGAGGGAAUAAAAAGGGAGAAGAAGGAAGGCACCCUGCCUCCUGUCUGCCCUGCCAGGGGCUGCUUCCGCUCUGCCACGUCACCCUGCCUUGGAGCCAGCUGACGCCGAUUAGAGAAACCUCUACACACU